AUGUCAUCUAGUUCAACAAGUACAGCAGCAGAUGUGGAUGCAUCAAGUAGUUCACUGUCGGCAUCGGCUAUUGCGAUAUUUAAGGAACAAAAGAUGGUGUCCAAACAGAUUGAGAAGCAGCUGAAACAGGAUAAGAAGCGUCUGGAUCAGGAGUUGAAGUUGUUGCUACUGGGCACAGGUGACUCUGGCAAGAGUACCAUCGUCAAACAGAUGAGAAUCCUGCAUCUGGAUGGCUACACACAAGAGGAUCGCAUCAAUCAUAAAUCAUUAAUAUAUCGCAAUGUUGUCGAAGUCCUUUGCGCACUGAUCGAGGGGUGUCAAGUACUUGGACACACCAUCCAGCCAACAUAUAGUGAUCUUUGUGAUAAGAUCCUGGACAUAAUGGAAGAGAGGAAAUAUCAGAAAUUGGAAAGAUCAUUGUUGUUGGAGAUGGUGGCCUUGAGCAAGGAUGAGGCCAUCCGCAAGGCCUUGGUGUCAAGUGGCUCAAACUUCCAAGUUCAUUCAUCAGCCGAGUACUUCCUCAAUAGCAUCGAGCGUAUAUCAGAGGCAGAAUAUAUACCAACUGAUCAAGAUAUAUUAUGGACACGUGUAUCAACUACAGCUGUGACAGAGACUAGUUUCAGCUCAAAGGGGAUGCACUUUAGGAUGAUUGAUGUUGGUGGCCAACGAGGCCAUCGCGAUAAGUGGAUUCAUCACUUUAGUGAUGUGACCUCUAUCUUCUUUGUAGUGUCGUUAUCUGAGUAUGACCAGGUGCUGGAGGAGGACACCACCACCAACCGCAUGCUCGAGUCGAUGAAGGUGUUUACCAAUGUCAUCAAUGGCAAGUGGUUCAAGGAUGUGCCCGUGCUGCUCUUUCUCAACAAGCGCGACUUAUUCAUGGAGAAGAUCAAACGAGUCAAUCUCAAUGUCUGUUUCGAGGAGUAUGAUGGCUCCAACAACUACGAAGAGGCCUUGGCCUACAUCAAGAGGAGGUUCCUUGCCUGCAACAAGAUCAAAGGAAAGCUUGUAUAUACUCAUGUCACAACUGCAACCGACACCAACAAUAUUAGAGCAGUGUUUGAUGCAGUCAAGGACAUCCUGACGCGCCAGACCAUGGAAGAGCUUUGA